AAUGGAUAAUUGCCAUCAUGUAAUUACUGCAUGUUCAGAAGAUACUCAUGAUACAGAAAACUGAAGCUAUGUGCUUGUGUCUUUCUUUGUAGUUCAUGCAAAGGGGUUUGGAUUCACAAACUAAAAAACAACUAGAAGAAGAAGAAAAGAAGAUAAUUAGUGAAGAACACUGGUAUCUUGAUGUACCAGAUCUAAAGGAAAAAGAGAGCUAUAUAAUAGAAGAGAGAAGCUUUCUGCGAUGUGAGGAUCUCGUUUAUGGCAGAAUGUCCUUCAAAGGAUUCAAUCCAGAAAUUGAGAAGUUAAUGAUCCAAAUGAACUCAAAGUGCAAGGAAGAAGAAAUUGAAGAGGAUGAUAAAAUGGAGGCUGAUGUGUCAGAUGAAGAAAUGGCCAGAAGAUAUGAAACAUUAGUGGGAACAAUAGGGAAGAAAUUUUUGAGAAAAAGGGACCAACGUGUACUCAAGGAUGAUGAUGAAGAUGAUGAAGUUGAAGAGGGGAAUAGUAACACAAGACCUAAUAAAAGAGCUAAGAAAAUGUUUUUAAAACCUCAGGAUUAAUGUCAGCUGCACAAGUGGAGCUUGUUACCUGAUGCCUACCCAACAGAGUACCAAGAACUGGAGAUUGUUUGGAGUUUUUGCUAUUUAAUGUAAAGGGUGGAUUUGUAAAUCUGUUCUAUUCUCAUUGAAAUUUCUACCAUCCACAGGACAGACACUUUCAAAGUGGGUGUUUAUAUAAUGGAUGUUGUACAUCCUUUCCUCUCUCAGCUGCUUUUCAUGAGUGGGACACUCAUCCCAUCAGUCUCUUUUAAUGUUCUGCAUAGUUAAAUUCAGUGUUGCAUGCAAUCAAAAGCAAAAUUAUUUACAACUUAGGAUAACAUUUGAAAGAAGUAUUUGGAGUAAAGAUGAGCUGUGUCCAAUUCAGUAAGGCAGUUCAGCUUUCACUGCUUGCUUUAUUAUGAAAAUGAAACCUGUGCUCUCUUCAGAUUGUAAGAAGUCAGCAGAAACAUGCUUGGUUUGUGGGCAUUUUUACUGUGCUAAAAGUAAGAUGGGAGAAGAACAGAGAGAUAAAAUCCACUUUAUUGAAUUUUAUUUUUUAUAAAGUUUAUUUAAAAAUAGAGGAUUUUGUAGUGAAACUUUUUUUAAUACAGCAAGCCAAAUAUUGGGCAACGUUUACAGUUUGACAUCUGAGCAGAUUGUUUUAGGUUUUGCCUUCCAAAAGAAGUUUGCUAAUUUUGCCUCUUUUUCAGCAAAAAAAUCCAAUCUUAUAAUUAUGUAAGUCGUCUCAUAAAAGCAUAAUAACAGUUUCAGAAACAUACUUGAAAGCUGAAUAAAAACUGUGGGUUUUUGUGUUA